AAAAUCCAGUGCUGGGAGAUGAUGGUGGACAGGUGGUUCGACCCUGAGUGGCAGGAGGCGCACAAUCAAGGCAGGGAGCGGCGCGCCAUGAUGCAAGGUCCAUCGCACCAUCAAGGCAGUCUUAGCCUUGAUGCAUGGAAAGCUAAAUGGUCGAAUGCACAUGGUGGUGAGCAAAUUACCAACUUCCAGGCGUAUGCUAUGGGGCACCAGACCAAGUACUCGACAGCCGCUCGCUAUGACCCAGCUGCCCCCGCUUCGUCGUACAGCAACCCCUCCGUCCACGCACGCCUCACUCAGUACAUAGAGACGGCAAAGGAGGUAUAUGGGCCAGAGUACGAUCCCGCCACCCACGACAUUGAUGGAGAAGUCGUCAUGAGGGCGGAGGAGGAAAGGUUCGUGGCCGGUACAUGAUUGGCCACGGCAGCUUGGAUUCUGGCGAGGUUCCUAGCCUAUCCCAGAUCCGAGCAAGGAGCACAGGCACGAGCGCGCCCAUACGCCAACGACCAAACACUACGAUGAACAUUGUGGCGGACC